AAAAAUGGGUGUUUGGAUAUUUGGAUACGGUAGCCUCAUGUGGAAAAUUGAUUUCCCUACAAUCAGAAAAAUUAUUGGGUAUGUUGAGGGGUAUACCCGAACUAUGGAGUGGGCUGAUGAGGUACAUAGAGGAGUACCUGGUCAGGAGUCUAGAACUGCCGCCAUUUUCAAGUCUAAGAAUAUGAAAGAAAGAGUAUGGGGGGUAUCUUAUGAAAUAUCUCAGGAUUACUGGGAAAGGGUUCUUGAGGCUAAGGUUGGAUACAGGGAGAGAGGAGGAUAUGGAGUAGAGGACACAGAGUUUGUUCCAUUCGAUCCUAACAUUAAUAAUGUUCCAGAGAAGAUUAUUGUGACUCUCUUCCUGGGAGAUAAAAAUAGUCCUAACUAUAUGCCUGGAACCAUUGACGAACUAGCGCAGCAUAUUGUUCAGGCUGUUGGUGCAAGUGGGACUAAUUUAGAAUAUUUGUACUCUACUGCUGAGUCCUUAAGGAUGAUAUUACCACCUGGUGAGACGGAUAAGCAUAUGUUUGAUCUUGAAGCAGCAUGUUUAAAGCUUGAAAAACUCUCCAAGGCCGCUGAUUCAGUGAAGGACUCUGCAGUGGUACUUGAAGAGAAGUAUGAGAAACGAAGAGAACUACUGUUGAAGAUAUACAGAGCUACUGAUAGAGAUAUGAAUAGACAAAUGAGUAUUGCAGAAUUCUACAAUCUAGCAGUGAAUAAGUUGAAUCUGCCGGAAAGUUAUGAGUCUGUUAAGAAGAAGUUCGACGAGAUUGAUGUCAACAAGGACGGGAAGCUCUCUACAAAGGAGUUUAUUGAUUACUUCCUUGGACAACUUCAGGAGAAUGACAAGCAGUUUAAGGAGGAAUACAACAAGUUCGGGCUGAAAAUCCCCGAAGGUGGAACGAACACAUUUGAGAAUGCUCUUCUACUCUAUGAAGUUAUGCAGGAUGCUGGAUUGAACAGUAGAACCGGAGUAAAAUCUCUUCGGGAAAUGUUGGUUGAGAACCGGAGUUUACUGGAUAAAAUGAGAAUCAGAAUUAGACCCGAGGCUAGAGAGGUUUUAGAAUAUUAUUUUCCUGCCUCUCUCCAGGAUGCUAUGGAGAUUUGGUUUGGAAAAUCAAGUGAGAAUGAUGUGCUGAUCAAGAAAAACUUCUCUUAUCUUGUUGAAAAGGCUUUAAAAGGAGAACUAGAUGUAUGGAUUAAUGAAUAA